CUGACCUAAGAAACGUUUAGUUACUGACCUUGUUAUAACGUAAUAUUAUAACGUUUAUUCAUGGAACCAGAGAAAUAUAUUAUAUGUCUCUGAUGGAACGUUGUUUUAACAUUUAAAAAAGUAGUUUUUCUUCAUAUCGACAAUAUAACGAGCAAUAUAAAAAGGAAAGUUAAGUUGAACUUCUGUAACACGAGCUAAGUCGAAGGGGAAACAUAAACGUACUUUGAAAAUAUAAUUUUUUAAAUUUAAUGUUUAAACUGUGAUAUAGUCACGUGGGUAAAGACGGAUUUUACGCGGUUUUUAGUUUCGAACUAUAAAUUCUAAACUUAUUUUCAACAACUAAUAACGAUAUGUUUAAAUAAAAGCAAAUAGCGUUUAUAUAUCUAUAAAAAAAUAAAAAAUUUUGUUAGUUUUUGAAAAAAAAUAUUUUAGAACUUAUAGCUUUGCUUUCUUUCAAUAUUUCCCGCUCUUAGAACUAUCUUCUGCCGACAUCUCACACGACUCACUAUAAAUUAUAAUACAGCCUCAGCAUAUCAAAUAACACACCAAGAUCUAUGGCUUUUUCAUAUGCAGUAGUAGAAUUCACAAAUGAUGAUCCACCAUCAGUAGCAAUUGUACACCAGGGAUGGUUGGAUAGCAAACCAGAUGGUAUGUUUUGUUAUUGGCCUAGGACAAAUGUUUCAUUGAAGGCCAGAAAGGCCGAAAUUGCAGACAAGGAGAAGUGGGUAAAGUAUUCUAUUAGAAUACUUCACUACACAGAUACAUAUGAAAGUGCAAUCCAGAUGUGCAGGGAUGCGCAAUACACAUCAAACUUGUCAAGUGACGAUAAUGAAGAAAUGGGACGAGGUCAAAGAACCAAACAACAAAACUUUGAAAAACAAGAUUCCAAAAGUGAUGCAGAUGAUGAAGAGGAAAUGAAUGUUUCAAAAAGAAAAAAACUGAAAAAAGCUUCGACUCCAAAUGCAUCAGUACUUAAUCAUCAGCAGGAUAGCCAAAGUACACCUAUCAUGCCAUUAGGAAAUUCAGAAAAUCAUCAGCAGGAUAGCCAAAGUACACCUAUCAUGCCAUUAGGAAAUUCAGAAAAUCAUCAGCAGGAUAGCCAAAGUACACCUAUCAUGCCAUUAGGAAAUUCAGAAAAUCAUCAGCAGGAUAGCCAAAGUACACCUAUCAUGCCAUUAGGAAAUUCAGAAAGAAGGAAAGAAAGACGGAGAGAAAUUCGCAUACUCCCAGAUCUACCAGAGGAAGGUCGAUUAAAUUUACCAGAAAACACAAGCAGUUUUGAACGGAUAGUAUUGAGCACCCUUAAACAUGUGGUAAAGAAUCAAGAAAACAUCCAGGCAGAGCUUGCCCUCAUUUCCGGAGCAGCAGUAGAUGAUGAAAUAGAAGACUUGCUUCCCUCUCCAGUAAAUUCUCUUGAGGAUUUCAUCCAAUGGGGAAUUAAAUUGGAGGAGAAGCAGUCCAGAAAGAAAUUGGCAUCUUUCCUUAUUGCUUUUGGAGGAGCGACAUGUCUAGAAACAGUGAGAAAUAUUCUGAAGAAAACAGUGACUAACAAUAUACUAUCUUUGUACAGCUUGAGGGGAAAAAAGGGGAAAAAGGUCUUUCAGGACCAUAACUUGUACAGAGUUCUUAUAAGAGCAUGUUUUAAGUUGCACAAGUGCAAAAGACAGGAAAUAGAAGAUUGCAUGAUUGAGGUGUUAAAGCAUGCUCCUCAUAUGCCGGGAGGACCUAAAUACAAGAAACCAGCUUCAAGAAGAAGAGAGGAUAUAUCAGACUCUGAGUGACUCUUUAAAUGACUCUUUAAUGAUACAAAUUAUAUAAAUGAUAAAUAAUAUAUGAUAAUGUAUAAUAUAUAUACAUAAUAUAUGAUCAAAUUAAAUAUGAAAACACAUCUUUA